AUGGCUCAGACUGAGGGAGAUGGAAAACGGCGUUCUUUGACACUCUCCACUCGUACUGCAUCGGACGCACCCAGAGGAUUACCUUGGGAAAUCUGGCAGCUUGUGUUCUCUCAUCUGAGCAUAAAUGACCUGGGCCAUGCAAGUCAGGUGUGCAAGACAUGGAAUAUCCUGGUUCAAAGCCUGGACGGAUCCAGGUGGCGAGAGCUUUACUUGGAAUCCGCAGAAUGGAAGCUUCCCCAUUGGCCUUUGAACCCAGACGCACGACCACUGUCCUGGAAAGAUGCCCUAAAGGAGCAGAUGCUUCAGACACAUUUCUGGUACCAUGGCAACAUUCUUGUGGACCAAUCACAGUGCCUGGGAACCUUCCGUCGCCAACGGGGGAGCUUCUGUCGGCGCAAAACAAUCGUGGUUGGCAGAGAAGGUGAACAUGACACUCUGAAAAGUGCGCUGGGCGUGGCAAAUGACUAUGACCGCAUUCUCAUCAAGCCAGGUAUUUAUGACGAGCAGUUUGAAAUGUCGUCAAAGAUUCCUCUGGAACUUGUUGGUGAUGGAGAACUUGGGAGCGUCAUCCUGGUGAUGUGUGUAGAGCAGACGUCCAUCACAGGAAGACUCUGUAACCUUGUCAUUCGGGCUCCAUGGUUCACCAGCUUUGCCUUAAAGGUGAAAGCUGGUUAUAUCCAGGUAGACAACUGUAUCCUUGAGGACAGUUUAAUCCUCAUUCAAAACCCAGGCUCGGCACAUUUCAGAUUUUGCACUUUUCGCCAUGCCAAUGUGAUCAUGCAACAUGUCAAUGUUAGUGUGUUAGAGAACUGUGAAUUUUCUCAGUGUGACCUGGCUGCAGUUUCUGUGGAGGGGUUUCCAAAGGACGAAGUUAACUGGGCUCAUGGUCAUAUGACCUACAUCACCACCAUUGCCAAGGAAACAGUUUGUAAACAGAAUGGGGAAGACGUGCGUUCAAGGUCAAGUUUGUCAGCACGGACCAAAAGCAGCGAGUCCCUAAAAAUGAAGCACGUAAACAGUGGUGAUGGAAAUCCUGAUACUGUUGUAAAUGAUGAUGGUAUGUCUGUGUCAUCUUCCACGAUUAACAGAAAUGUAAGGAGUUGGCUAAAUAACUUGGUGGAAACUAGCUCCCAAGUGACGCUGAACAACGAUUACCUGGCUGGAGAGGCUUGCAGUGAUCCUCAGUCUGGUGCUGACCAAUCAGAGGCAGUAUCUCAUCCAGGCAUGGUCAACUUCCCAGAAAAAUGUAAUUGGACAUCGAGUAUACAAUUUAGCAAGAAAAAGAAAAACAAUAACAGUUUAGAAGAGCAUUUGUCUGUACAUGAGAAGAUGUUGUCACCAAGAUCAAAACAUGUUAAGUGUGAAACUGAGCAGACUGAUCAAAACUGGAAGCUGUGUUCGAAAACAGGAGAGGACACAAGAAAACCUGCUGGAAUGGUUAAUAAUGGUGAUCCUCAUGUGACCAGUUUGGAACAGGAUAAUCUGUGUUGUAAUUCUUCUGCAAUUGGAGACCCCUGUUUGGAUUUCCACACAGUGGACUCGCAAAUCGAACAUCUAAAAUCAGACUUGACAACUACUGAAGCCGCAAGACAAAAUCAUGCUCACUCCCACCCGAGCUCUAAACAAUCACACAGCUCUUCUGAUUCGAGAAGAACGCACAGUUUGGGGUCAAGGUUGCAUCGGACCGCCCGGCUCGCCAGCAGUGCAACUGGCUCAGUGACACACGACAACUCAUUAAUUCUGCAGGGAUGCUCAGACGAGAAAGAAGGUAAAUCAUGGCCUCCUGUAUCAGAGCUGGAUGGAGUUAAGGGUGACCCAGAUGGACACAGCACCUCCAGCUCAUGGCCUGAUGGUAAUGCACCUCAAAGUCAUGGUCAAGGUCAGGCUUCAGGUCAAGGUCAGUCCCAGGCUUGGUCCAAGCCCAUCAAGGAAACUGUUACAGUAGAUGUUCACAGACCUGCAGAGCAUCUUGUAGAAAGAUUGGAAAAUGGUGCAUUGAAUAGAGCUGGUGAGGAUGGGUUUAAUGAAGGCAUGAUUCGGCCUGGAAACGGAGGACAAGGUGGACCUUUUGAUAGAUCUGGAAAUGCUUUUGUCAGUGAAGGAUCAGUAGAUAGAUCUGGAGAGGAUGUUGUCAGUGAGGAACCUUUGGAUAGAUCUGGGAAUGCUCUUCUCAGUGAUGGACUAGUUGACAGAUCUGAAGAUGAUGUUGUCAAUGAGGAACCUUUAGAUAGAUCUGGGAAUGCUCUUCUCAGUGAUGGACUAGUUGACAGAUCUGGAGAUGAUGGUAUUGAGAACCUGGAUGAACCCGCUGAUUUCAUGCUCGAUGACCUGUCUUCUGGUGACUCCAGUGAAGACCAAGAAAGAGAUGACUCUAGCACAAUGACGAGUUCAUCUGAUGAAGACGCAUUUUCUCAUUCUGAAACAUCGUUAUCUGAUGAUGACAUGCUGGUUCACAUGUCCUAUCCACAUCAUCACCGAACUCUCCUGACAAGGAAGAGAAACUCUGCCCAGAUAGAAACGGCCACCAUAUCCAAGCAACUGUCGGUUGGAGAAAGGGCUACUCUGCGGAGUGACGGCUUGAUGGAAUUGUUUGAAGACGCGGAUGCUCUUCGAGCCAUAGCAGAAGUGCAGGGGGUGACCAUACGAAACUGCCGCAUGAAUAACGGAAAGGGAGGCGUGAUGGUUAGCUGUCAAGGUCAUGCCAAGGUCAUUGGCUGUCACAUUGCAAAUAUGGGAUACGGGAUUCGAUGUGUGCAAAAUUCCAGGGCACUGGUUCUGAAGAACGAAAUCCGUCAUUGUAAGACAUCAGGAAUAUUCAUGAGGCUUGCAGCAUCAGGUGUUAUAGCUGGCAAUGAUAUUCAUUCUAACAUGGAAGCUGGAAUUGAUGUGAGAAAAAAUGCAGACCCAAUAAUUCAGGGUAACCAGAUUCAUCAUGGAGAGAGGUUUGGUGUGGCUGUUCUCUGCAGUGGUCAGGGACAGAUCCGUAAUAACGACAUUUUUGCUAACGCUGAGGCUGGAAUCUAUAUCCUGUACAGAGGAAACCCUCUUAUAAGUGACAAUCGUCUGAUGAAGAACCAAGCGGCUGGAAUUUCUGUAAAUGAGAAUGGAUUAGGGAUGAUCAAAGAUAAUAUGAUCAGCGGGAACAUGUGGGCUGGCGUUUACAUUCGCUAUGGUGGCGACCCCUUUGUCCAGAACAACGUCAUCUGUAAUGGUGUGGCUGACGGCAUCGUUGUUGGUGAGAGGGGACGGGGAACUAUUUCCAAGAACACUGUCACAGGUAACGCCGGCUGUGGGGUCUGGAUUAUGGGAGGGGAGUGUCCUUUACUCCACGGUAACACCAUCAGUGACAAUGGCGAUGCCGGCAUUGCCUUUGUUACCAACACCCCUAUCAACACCGAUCAAGGUGUCAGAGGUCAUGGGUCUCAAGGUCACAGUCUAGCUCUUCAGGACUUGUUGAUAGAGGAUGACAAGAGAGGGACCAAGCUACACUACUCUCAAACCAAAGUGGUACACAACACUGUCUGUCAUAACAUAGGUCAUGGACUAUCUGUUGAAUCUGGUAAAGAUGUUUUCCUUGGGAGUAACAGCAUUUAUGGAAACAGCCAGUCAGGCAUUUACAUCAACCACCCCAAGUCAGUGACUGUUCAUAACAACCACAUAACCUGUAAUCUGCAGACAGGUGUGUCAACCAGUGGUCAGGGACAGACAACCAUUUUUGGCAAUGGUGUGUUCGACAACAAGGCUGAUGGGAUACAUUGUCAGAAUGAGGCUGUUGUCAAGGAGAAUGAUGUCAUCAACUUCCAUUCAGAAGGUGCAGGAAUCACUUUGAAAGGAGCCGGUGAAAUAAAGGUGGAAAAAAAUCGAGUUCACACGAUAAAAGAUAUGAUCAGCCUGCUGGAAUCUGUCAGUGGGGUUGUCCAUGACAACCAAAUUUUCAGUGCCAUUGACAACCCCAUAGCAACAGGCCCCACCACAAAGGUCAAGGUUGUUGGUAACCACAUCAUCACCCCAGACAGCUCAUCAUCAUCAGCAACACCACCUCCGUUACCAUGGCAACCAGGAGACCCUGCCUCCCGACCAGACUUUCACGAUCCUGGUGACCUAUCUUACCAAGCUCCUGCCAGAUAUGUUCGCUCAUUUGGCCAGAGCCUGUCAUCAGCUGCUGAUGGCAUCCUCUCUGGUUGUAUGACCCUGGAGCCUGUUGUCAGCUCCUUCUGGCAUCCUCCCUGGUGGUAUGACCCAGGAUCCUGUCAUCAGCUCCUGCUGGCAUCCUCUCUGGUUAGCCUGUCAUCAGCUCCUGCUGGCAUCCUCUCUGGUUGUAUGACCCCAGAGCCUGUCAUCAGCUUCUACUGGCAUCCUCUCUGGUUGUAUGACCCCGGAGCCUGUCAUCAGCUCCUGCUGACAUCCUCUCUGGUUGUAUGA